CCACCUAUGCGCCAGUAAGCGUGUGCAAGAAAUAGGCCAGCCUAACGAUAAUAUCCCGAUUCCCACUGUUCUUUUCUUUCAUUCUUUCUUUCCUUGGCUUAACGCUUCACACACUCAACCAGAGGACUUCAAUUGAUUCGUCUCCCUGGCAAUUAAGAUGUCUACUCCAUCUAGGAAGCGACUAAUGAGGGAUUUCAAGAGGUUACAACAGGACCCGCCUGCGGGUAUCAGUGGCGCGCCCCAAGAAAAUAAUAUUAUGCUUUGGAAUGCGAUCAUAUUCGGCCCUGAUGACACAAAUUGGGAUGGAGGUACGUUCAAGUUAACACUUCAGUUCAGUGAAGAUUACCCCAACAAGCCUCCAAAAGUGAGAUUUGUCUCUCAGAUGUUCCAUCCAAACAUUUAUACGGAUGGAAGUAUAUGUCUUGACAUCCUGCAGAAUCAGUGGAGUCCAAUAUAUGAUGUUGCGGCUAUACUCACAUCUAUCCAGUCGUUAUUAUCUGAUCCGAACCCAAAUUCUCCUGCAAAUUCUGAAGCUGCUCAGAUGUUCAGUGAGAAUAAGCGAGAGUACAAUCGAAAAGUACGGGAGAUUGUGGAGCAAAGCUGGACUGCUGAUUGACUCCCAAGUGCAUAGCUACAGUCAGUGAAAUGAUACAGAGUUCCAAAACUUAAUUCCGUAAAAUGUGUACCUUAGAUAAUGCUUGUGUUAACUUUUGGAUCUGUAAUGUGAAUUAGAAUUGCUACAUAGAUUUGCAUUAGAAUCACAAGUAAAAUAAUUUCAGGUAAAAAUGUGUUUCUCUAGCA